GCUGGGAAUGCGCAUGCGCCGCGGGCCGGCGGGUUCCGGCCGGAGCUUCUGACUCAGGUGCUACUUGGCAGGGCUUGACAAGAUGGCGGAGCAGGUCCCCAAGUCCGUGCUGUUUGUAUGUCUGGGUAACAUUUGUCGAUCACCCAUUGCAGAAGCAGUUUUCAGAAAACUUGUAGCUGAUCAAAACCUUUUAGACAAGUGGAGGAUAGACAGUGCAGCAACAUCCACAUAUGAAAUAGGAAACCCUCCUGAUUACCGGGGGCAAAAUUGCAUGAAGAAGCAUGGGAUUCCCAUGAACCACAUUGCCCGGCAGGUUACCCGAGAAGACUUUGCCACAUUCGAUUAUAUACUAUGUAUGGAUGAAAGCAAUCUGAGAGAUUUGAAUAGAAAAGGUAAUCAAGUUAAGAACUGCAAAGCUAAAAUCGAACUGCUUGGAAGCUAUGAUCCACAAAAACAGCUUGUUAUUGAAGAUCCCUAUUACGGGAACGACUCCGACUUCGAGACUGUGUACCAGCAGUGUGUCAGGUGCUGCAGAGCAUUUUUGGAGAAGGCACACUAAAGCCGCAUCCAUUCCUGGCUAACGACCAGCCGAGACGAAGCUUCCCGGCGAUGCCCUACGUUUUGUGAUUAUUGAAUAUGUUAAAGUGUAACGCUGCUCUGUAGCUCAAGGCCGCAACUAUUUCUUCAGUUGACUUACUGUUUCUUACCUUCAAAAUAAUUGUAGAUGGAAAUCAGCUGUGAUUGACAGAAGACUAAAUAAACAUCUAUGAUUCGGAACA